AUGGCCAAGCCGCUCGAGAAGAUCAGCGUACCAAAAAUAAAGGAAAGCAGGACCAUCAACGAUAUCUCUUGGGCUCUGAUGAAUGGCCGCUCAUACUACCUCUUAGCUGUUGCCUCUGAUGCCUUCAUCAAGCCAAAGAAGAAGACAGAUUGCGACUUCGUGGUGAAGGCGGUAAUAAUAGGAGAUAGUGGGGUGGGAAAGACGAACAUCUUAUUGCGCUACUGUGACAACUGUUUCAAGCCAGCCUACUCAUCGACGAUUGGGGUGGACUUCAAAGUGAAGACGCUGCAGGUCGAGGAGUACAAGAUCAAACUGCAGAUCUGGGACACAGCUGGCCAGGAAAAGUUUAAGAACCUUGCGACCACUUUCUACAGGGGUGCUCUCAUCAUCAUCCUCACCUACGCCAUCGACUCCGCCUCUUCGUUCGCUAACGUCGAGAACUGGAUGAAGCAAAUCAACGAGCACUCUAGUCCUGAGGUUUCAAUCUUCCUCGUUGCCAACAAGACUGACCUCGAGGAGAACCGCAAAGUUCAAAAGGAAUCAGGGGAGAAGCUGGCUAAAUAG